UCCGAGGAAGAAAGCAACCCCGUGAGAUCGCCACAAGUUUAUAAUAAGCUCAUAAAAGAGUAGUUUCGACUUCGAAAAAGAAGAAAGCCAUACUCCUUUUAGAUCUCACUCAUGGCUAUCGUCGUAAGCUCCUUGACCUCCGGAUCCUUGCCGCGAUACAGUCCGGAGGUUUCUCGGCAACGACGGAGCUCACUUGUGUCUGCAUCGCCUCUUCGCCGGCAAAUCCUCGCCGGCUUGGCCAUCAAGUCGCGGGGCAUCAACCGUGUCCAGCCGACGACGAGAGGAGCAACACAGAUCCCCGCAGCCGCAGCUGGCCCAAGCUCCGGAGACCGAGCAGGAGGAAAGUUCCCAGUUCCCAACGUGCCUUCAUGGGUCAAGCUGCUCGUCGGUCUCUUCUUUGCCGGAGUACCUCUUUACAGACAGAUGAGAGCCCUGCAAGAUAGGGUGGAGCAGACGGCAGAAGUAGCAAUUGAGGUGGUCGAAAAAGUGGCUGAGGCGGCUGAGAAAAUUGCUGAUGAUGUAUCUGAAGCAUUUCCCGGUAAUGAUAACCUCAAAAAGGCAGCAUCCAGGAUCAAGGCCGUUGCAGAUGAAAUUGAGAAGGACGCGGAGAAAGCCAAGGCCCUAAUUGAGAAGGUUGAUGAGAUAGAGAAAGAGAUGGAUUCCGUAGUGGAUUCUGUAAUUGAGAAGGUCAAGAAGGAGAGAUCAUUGAGAAAGAACUCAGUGAAAGGAGACGAUGUCGAUAGGAAACAGAAGUAACACUUAGGUGUUAACAGAGUAUCGAGGCAAAAUGCAGAAUAAUUACUUUGUACUCCCUCCGUAAACUAAUAUAAGAGCGUUUAGAUCACUAAAAUAGUGAUCUAAACACUCUUAUAUUAGUUUACAGAGGGAGUACUAUUCUUUUCCCUGUUUAAAAUCAUCAGGGAUCAGAUUCCCGAUUCCAUUUCAUAGAAACAAAGCCAAUGUUCAAGGCUAACGCUUACCGGACUUUGAAUUAUUUUCGCAAAUGGUAGCUUUAUUGGACCACUUUUAGCCUCCCAUUAGGGACGAAAUGGUUAGCUGCAAAGUGUCGCAUUGAAUGAUGGUCUUGCAUUA